GUCCAGACUUAGAAAUAUGAACUACUCGCUCUUGACGCUGAGCGCCGUGCUUGUCUGCGGAAUUGGUUCCUGCAGCGCCGGCAUCUACAAGGAUGUGAAGGGGUGCACGACGGAGGAAGUGGAGAAGUGCGGCACGGAGUUCGUGCCUUACUUCAGCGGCCAGAGUCUGGCCACCAAUGCGGGCGCCUUGAAGCAACAGUGCACAAAAUACCUGAAGGAGCUGAGGUGUUCCAUUGACUUCACCAACAAAUGCCUGGAGGGCAUUGCCAAGGGCGCUGUCUUGCUGAUGCUCAAGGCGGCCGAUGAAGAGUACACCAAUGUCUGCAACUCGACUCACCCCAAGCAACAGCAGUACCUGAGCAACAUCGGCUGCCUCAACAAGGCCGGACCAGCUCUAAGCACCUGCAUGAACGAUAUGUUCGUGAGCCUGCACAGAACGGCGACCAAGGCCCCGCCUCGUUCUCAGAUCUCCUACUCCUGUUGCUACUAUCUGGACUACGCCAAGUGCGCCGAGAAAGCCCUGGACGCCAAAUGCGGUACCGCCGAGGGCAAGAAGUUCUUCAACGACAUUGUAGAUCACGUGUUCGGGGAGGUCCUCAACCUGGCCUGCGCCAAGUACACCAAAGACGGCGGAAGCACCUGCAAGGCCCUGCCGGUCCUCUCGACCAAGGACGACAGCCACGCCAAGGAACGCGGCUUCAUCGACCCCCUGGCGAUCAUUGUCAGCAAUCUGGGAUAAGUGGGCUAAUAAAUUUCUUCUUGUACAGUU